CAGCACCGGGCCGCUCGGGAACCCCGCCAGCCCCCGCUCCGCUUCCGGGACCCGCGCCCCAUAUCCACCAAGGUGUGCUUUCCGCUGACACUGUCCCGGCCGGAGCGAGGCCAGUCCAGCCAGCUGAGCCCCGCGCGGCCGCGGCGCAGGUUUACGCUCCCGCCGUCGAGGACUGCGGCGGCCGCGUGGGCGUGGGCCAGUCCCCGCGGCCAGGGGGGACAGGGGUACGGCAGGCGCCCUUGACCGUGGGCCCCGAGCGUCCGAGCCGCGCUGCGCCGGCGGCGGGCUUUAUGUAAAUCGGGGCUGAGCCGGGGCGUCCUAGGUAGGAUGGACCAGCCCCCCGCGCCUCGGCCCUCACGUCCAAUAAGAAGAGCCCCAGCUUGACACCUGCCUAUAUACAGGCGAGCGCGCCCCUGGCUCGCGGACCGAGCGCACAUCCCGCACAGCCCACGCCGCGGGCGAGCGAGACCUCGGCCCGCCUUCAUGACUUCCAGUAAGAUCGAGAUGCCCGGCGAGGUGAAGGCCGACCCCGCCGCCCUCAUGGCGUCCCUGCACCUCCUGCCGUCGCCCACGCCCAACCUCGAGAUCAAGUACACCAAGAUUUUUAUUAACAAUGAGUGGCAGAACUCGGAGAGCAGGAGAGUGUUCCCUGUCUAUAAUCCAGCCACAGGAGAACAGGUGUGUGAAGUUCAAGAAGCAGACAAGGCAGAUAUAGACAAAGCAGUGCAGGCAGCCCGCCUGGCUUUCUCUCUCGGCUCAGUGUGGAGAAGGAUGGAUGCUUCAGAAAGAGGACGUCUGUUGGAUAAGCUUGCAGACUUGGUGGAACGAGACAGGGCAGUCCUUGCAACCAUGGAAUCCCUAAAUGGUGGCAAACCGUUCCUGCAAGCUUUUUACGUCGAUUUGCAAGGAGUCAUCAAAACCCUUCGGUAUUACGCAGGCUGGGCUGAUAAAAUUCACGGGAUGACCAUUCCUGUAGAUGGAGACUAUUUUACCUUUACAAGACACGAACCUGUUGGAGUGUGUGGACAGAUCAUCCCAUGGAACUUCCCCCUGCUGAUGUUUGCCUGGAAAAUUGCUCCAGCUCUGUGCUGUGGCAAUACAGUAGUUAUUAAACCAGCAGAACAAACACCACUCAGCGCGCUCUACAUGGGAGCCCUCAUCAAGGAGGCUGGCUUUCCACCGGGAGUCAUCAAUAUUUUGCCAGGAUACGGGCCAACGGCCGGGGCAGCAAUAGCUUCUCACGUUGGCAUAGACAAGAUUGCGUUCACAGGGUCUACUGAGGUUGGAAAGCUUAUCCAAGAAGCAGCUGGAAGAAGUAAUUUGAAACGAGUAACUCUGGAACUUGGAGGGAAAAGUCCCAAUAUUAUUUUUGCAGAUGCUGAUUUGGACUAUGCCGUGGAGCAGGCUCACCAGGGUGUGUUCUUCAACCAAGGCCAGUGCUGCACUGCAGGAUCUCGCAUCUUUGUGGAGGAGUCCAUCUAUGAAGAGUUUGUGAGAAGAAGCGUGGAGCGGGCUAAGAGGCGCAUAGUGGGCAGCCCCUUUGACCCCACCACCGAGCAGGGACCCCAGAUUGAUAAGAAACAGUACAACAGGAUCCUGGAACUCAUCCAGAGUGGUGUGGCCGAAGGCGCCAAGCUGGAGUGUGGAGGCAAAGGGCUGGGCCGAAAGGGGUUUUUCAUCGAGCCCACGGUGUUUUCCAACGUCACUGAUGACAUGCGGAUUGCCAAGGAGGAGAUCUUUGGCCCCGUUCAGGAAAUUUUGAGGUUUAAGACUAUGGAUGAAGUUAUUGAAAGAGCCAAUAACUCAGACUUUGGACUUGUAGCAGCUGUCUUUACUAAUGACAUCAACAAGGCCCUCACGGUGUCUUCUGCAAUGCAAGCUGGGACUGUUUGGAUCAAUUGUUACAAUGCCUUAAAUGCCCAGAGUCCCUUUGGGGGAUUCAAGAUGUCUGGAAAUGGGAGAGAGAUGGGAGAAUUUGGUUUGCGAGAGUACUCCGAAGUUAAGACUGUGACAGUAAAGAUCCCCCAGAAGAACUCUUAAGAUGGCCAAGAAGGAAGGUGAAGGCCAGCCUGCACGACUCUCCCCCUCUGCUUUCCCUGUGGGGCCCAGCUCUCAGGAAUCCAAACUUGAUACUCGGUCCUUACUUAACUAUUUAAAUGACAGCAGGUAGGCCAGGCCAUUCUCUGCGCAAAGAAAGCAAACCAGUUGGGCGUGGUUUCUUGGCGCCCUGUGAGGGAUCACCUUAACAGUACCAAAUAUUGGGGAAAGUGGGAUAAAGGCACGAGGAGUAGCUGUGGGGCACACCCAGUUUUUCUUUGUGGGGUGAGGGGCUGAAUGAGGGAGCUGUACUAUUUGAUGCCUUCUGUCACAAAGGACUUUGCUUGUGAGCAACGGUAGGCUUUCCAUUGUCUUCAUUUCCCCCUUCCAGGCUCUCCCUGCUCACGCACCCCUCCCGCUCCUCCAAGGAGAUCUCAGCUGAGCUCAUCUGGGGCAGAUGUUUGGGCCGGGAACAAUUUUCCAAGGUUUUGCAGCCAAAUUACCGUUUCAUGUCAUCCAUUUCUUCAAAGCAAAACAUGAAAUGGUUUUAGUUAGAGCCAGACCAGACUGAAAAUGCCAGGAGCUGGUACACUGCAGAUGUACUAAGGAGAAAGAACUUGGGAUAUUCCUGACCCAAUCUGGCUUUCUUACAUCCAUAUAUAACAGGAGUGAAAGAUCAGGAGAUGGAGCUCCAGAGAUCAUUAUGUGUAGUUCACAGCCUUGGAGCUCAUCACUGAAUGGUUUGAGGGG